AUUCUUUGGGUUGUUCCAACCUCCAUAUCUCACCUUGCCCUCAAUCCCCGCCUCAGAAAAAAGCUCAUAUAUACAUCAAUUCCCUCCACCUUCACUUCACAAUUAUCAAUAUGGCCACUUGUUUUCAUCCGCGACCAAGCACAGAAGAGGACUCCGUUAUACUCUUUUCAACUUCUGAAGAAUCCACCAGCCGCUCCUCUUCUUUCCGCCUCUCUUCUCCUCCUCCGCCACCACUGCCACUGCCACCUCAUCAUCACCAGUUACAAAUUCCUUACAAGCUUAAUGUAAGAAACCUUUCCUAUACCAUCUGUCCUAGUGGAUCAAUAUGUACAUUUUUUCACUUGGUGCAAAAGCCUAAGCCUGUUAACAUACUUCAGUCAGUUUCUUUCCAAGCAAGAAGUUCUGAAAUUCUUGCCAUUGUUGGCCCAAGUGGUACUGGGAAAUCUAGUCUUCUUCGGAUAGUAUCAGGCAGAGUAAGAGAGAAAGAUUUUGAUCCCAAGAGUGUUUGGAUAAAUGAUCGCUGUGUGUCUAGCCCGGCUCAGUUGAGGAAGAUAUGUGGAUUUGUAGCACAAGAAGAUAAUUUGCUUCCUUUACUCACUGUGAAGGAAACUCUCAUGUAUAGUGCCAAGUUUAGGCUCAAAGAGAUGAGUUCAAAAGAUAGAGAAAAAAGGGUAGAGAGCUUGAUGCUAGAGCUUGGCCUUUCAGGAGUUGCAGAUAGUUUUGUGGGUGAUGAAGAGAACAGAGGGAUAUCUGGGGGAGAAAGGAAGAGGGUAUCUAUUGGAGUUGAUGUGAUUCAUGACCCACCUAUUUUACUCCUUGAUGAACCAACUUCAGGCCUAGAUAGUACCUCAGCGCUUCAAGUGAUUGAGCUACUUUCUUCUAUGGCAAAAUCAAGGCAAAGAACUGUGGUGUUAUCAAUCCACCAGCCUAGCUAUAGAAUUCUUGGUUAUAUUCACAACUUUGUGAUCCUCUCUCAUGGCUCGGUUGUCCACAAUGGUAGCCUGGAAUCAUUGGAGGAAACCAUUUAUAAACAGGGAUUCCAAAUCCCGUUGCAGCUAAAUGCUCUAGAGUUCGCAAUGGAAAUAAUACAAACACUUGAAAAUCAUUCAAACUCCAAAACCUGCAUAUCUCCUCUAGAAUACGCCAUUUGGAAUGGGGAAGGAAUUGGCGAAGCUCAACAAGGUAUCAUCAAGAGCAAAAAAAUGGGUAAUUGUUGUUUUUUCAAUUUGGUUGAGAUUAUGUUUCUGUGUUCAAGAUUUUGGAAGGUGAUUUACAGGACAAAGCAGCUAUUCUUGGCGAGAACAAUGCAAGCCCUUGUUGGAGGAUUUGGAUUAGCCAGUGUAUAUAUGAAAGUGAGGAAGGAUGAAGGAGGAGUAGCUGAGAGAUUAGGCCUAUUUGCUUUUAGCCUAAGUUUUCUUCUUUCUUCAACAGUGGAAGCACUUCCAAUUUAUCUUCAAGAAAGAAGAGUUCUGAUGAAAGAAACCUCAAGAGGAGCUUACAGAAUCUCGUCUUACAUGAUUGCCAACACCAUAAUUUUCUUCCCUUUCUUGUUUGCUGUGGCUGUGCUUUUCUCUGUACCUGUUUACUGGCUUGUAGGACUAAAUCCCUCAAUCUCUGCCUUCACAUUCUUCACUUUCGUAGUAUGGAUCAUAGUCUUGAUGGCAAGUUCUCUGGUGCUCUUCCUCAGUGCAGUAUCUCCCGACUUCAUUUCAGGGAACUCUCUGAUCUGCACAGUUCUUGGAGCUUUCUUCCUCUUCUCAGGCUACUUCAUUCCAAAACAGAACAUCCCAAAAUAUUGGAUGUUCAUGUACUAUGUUUCUCUGUACAGGUAUCCGUUGGAUUCACUUCUUACAAAUGAGUAUUGGAGUGUGAGAAGUGAGUGUUUCUCUUGGCAUGUUGAAGACCAUUCUCAGUGUUUGCUUACUGGGAAUGAUGUGUUGAAGAGUAGAGGACUUGAAAAGGAUACUAGAUGGAUUAAUGUUGGGAUUAUGUUGGGUUUCUUUGUGUUGUAUCGUCUGCUUUGUUGGAUCAUUCUUGCACGAAGGGCUUCAAAAACAACAAUAUAAGGAUUUAUGUGUAAUAAUCUCAAGUAUUUAAUCAAGUUCAAAAAUAAUAAAGGAAACUGUGUAAAUUCAACUUAGAGAUAUACAUUUGAAUUUAAUUCCUUUAUUU